GACCAACACCACCAGGACCGAGGAUCAGACACCUGCACUCUCGCCAUUGAUGGGCAUCCCCCACUGUGAAUGAUUUCGAUCUGGGUUGGUUCCACGCCUCUGGGGUGAGGCUGUUACAGCGUCGGUCUCUAGUUACUCCCGGCUGGUGACCUCGCCGGUCUCCAACUCGCCUGCCUACACGUUAAGCUCAACCUAACCCGCGAUGAAUGAGCUGCCACGUUGAACAAUUGCAUUGGGACUCACGGCGGUGUACCACGGGAUCGCCUCGAACGGCGUGCACAGCGUCGUGGUCGUGAUGGCAACCUCUGAACAACUCUCCCUGCACCAGGACCUCGACGAUGAUAUUUCAGUCGCUUCUACCCUGGAGGAAACAUUCGACCCAGAUGAGGACUAUGGAUUACUGCGUAUCCUCGCUGAACGUUCUUUCCAGGAAGAAACUCUCUAUCUGGUUGAGUGGGAGGGUUGCCCCCUACAUGACGCAACGUGGGAGCCAGAGGAAAAUUUCCAAAGUGUGACAUUAUCGGAAUGGGAAGACAUCAAGAAAUCUACCAGGAGGAGAACAGCUGUGGGGUUCCGUGUACAAGAGUGGAAAGAUGCCGUGCUGGAGGCUAUUCGACAAAAGCGUGAACGACAUAAUCGCCGAAACCGGAAACGAGAGUUGUUGGGUUUGCCACAAACCGACACCAACACUAGUCGACAAGGUGAACUCGAUUACAUUGAAAGCACUAUGGUGGAGGCCAUAGAUCCGGAUGAUGACCAACUCCCUAUCGAGCAGUCGGCUGCCGACAAUGACGAUAGCAGCGGUUCAGACGAUGGGAUGACCAUGCUCGACAAGCUGCGCUCGUCGAGUCAAGUUGAGCGACGGCAACCUCGGACCAAACCGACUACUCUGGAUAUCGCUCCAGCCCGAUCCAAAAACGAGAGAGUCGCCAAUGUUUCGGCUUCGAGGGGUAAACCUGAUAGCAGCAGCGACAAGGCCAAGAGUGCGGGUGGUAACCAGCGAAAGCUGGAGACUAAAUUCCCCCUGUCCCCAAAAAGGGUCCUCAGAUCAUCCGCCCCGGCGGUCAAAUCGAAUGUGGCAAAAUCUCCAGGGAUACGAUCCAAAAACACAUUCGAUAAGCACCAGGAGUUAAUGCCAAGCUGGCCCAUUGUGACUUCGGGCUUACCUGCUGUUGAAUCGACGCGAGCCACGGAAAAUCGACCAAAGCCAAGUGCACAAUCUCCGGAAGAAGGAUUGAACGUAUUCGCAGGUGGCAAAGUCAGACGAGCCCGGAAGAGACUCUCAGAAGCUGUGUCCGAUGCAACGAAGAAACCCCGGCUGUUCAGUCUUCGCCAUCAGAACCUAGCGCAGAAACAACUGAGGGACAAUGAAGGCAUCCGCGCUCCGAGCUUACAACUGCCUUUGAGGAGCGACACUGCUCCUUCAACGAGGCGGAGUUCUGCGCCAGAUGUAUCCCUGUUCAAUGUAAAUACAGACAGAGACGCUGAAGUGCACGUGGGAAACACCACUCGCAGAACUAGUCUGGGACCCAGUCUACAAACGAGCGAUGAAAGAUCUGCCGGCAAUUCUGUGGCGUUCAGCCAAGAUCGCAGGGACAUUCAGAAAAGGAGUCGAGCGGUACGUUUCGACGACGAACCCCAAGUCAAAGAUUUCGAGAGCCUUGAUGAGCACGAAAGCCUGUUUGUCGAGCAAGACACUCCAAUGCUGGAUGUGGACACACAAGUGGCAGACCCUGGACCCGAGCAGGUUGAAGCAAAAUACGUCCCAAGCCCUGGACCUCCCACGCUACCCAGUCUGCCACCGAUCCGCAAGGAGUGUCGUUUCGGAUCCGAAGGGGCGCAGCCUCUGGGCAUGAACUUCGUUGGUGUGCCUAGCGAGGAGACGCAGGCCUCUUGGGCUGCUCAUUUCAGGAACAACAAUGAGCUAAUAUUCACGCACUCUUGCACAUCAAGGGACUUCUUGAACCCUGCUUACUCGCGUAGCGAGGAGCUGUGUCGCGGGUACGCUGAGGGAGUGCCUGGCUCAGACCCCCUUGAUGGGAUCACGAAUGAUAUCAGAAUUGGUGCGCUCGGCCACCUGUGCUACUUGGGAGACUAUUAUGUCAUUGUCUUCUCGUCCAGAUCAGAAGAGUGGUCUCCCAUGCAAAAUCGGGAGACCCCCCGGGGAGACUCGGUGCUGAGCUUCGUCUUGUUCAAGUCGCAGCCCCUUUUGAACCCGGAUAUGCUUGCACCCAUCACAUAUUCGACUGAAAAGCGUCCUGAGUCAUCAGCAUUUUCGCCUGAGGAGCGCAUUCCUAUCAUCGAUCUCGUCUUCAGAACCACAUUGAACCUUCUAUCCCCCCCGACAUCUCAACACGUCCAAGAGACCUCAUCGUCGCCCUCUUUCUUCCUGGCGUUUCCACCGUCGGCAGAGCAGGAGGCAUUGUUUAUGUCGCAAUUGUUGAAAUCGUCGGCAGCUACCUGUGACGUUAAGUCCAGCUUGAAGCCGGGGGAUUGGUCUGCCUUUGUCGAGCAGAAGCAAGGAACCGUGGUGAUACACGAAACGGCGUUCGAGGCCAUUCGGUCAUUUCCUCACUUGUCAGAUGUGCUUCACGCCUCCAAGUCCAACUUCACAUUCUGGCUUUUUCGUCGGCCGCUCUUGUCCACGGAAAGGUUUCCACAAAUGGUUCCGGCGCUCCGAGCCAUCAGUGCAGAGCUUCGCCCCAUACUACGUCCAGGGACGGCGAUUCUCGUCACACCGAGUUUUUUGGUUUCGCAGCCCCAGCAAGCGUACAACUUUUUCAAGUGGGGCUUUCAGAACUUCUCCCAGACAAGCCAAACUUACUAUCCGGGAAAGCUGGUGCUGUGUGCGGGUAUUGAAGACUACAUCUUGGACCUGGCUAUGGAGAGGGCCGAGUUGUACUCAAAACAACAGCGUAACCAACACGUCGCUAGGCGGGAGUUGGACGCCCGGAUGAAGACCCAGAGGCUGGUUCAGCAGCUCAUGUCAGAGUCAUCCGAGGUGGCCGACAGCCGAGUGGUCUUCGCACCAGACACGAUAGACGGAAACGACGAGCAAAGCUUGGUCAACUGGUUCGGCUGGUGGUCCAUGGAGCACAUGGAUGAGCUGAGAAGAUUUUCGGUUCUUGGUUCGAGUAACCAACGACAGGAUCGCAUGACCAGACUUAUCCGGCCCGGGCGUUUCGAGGCUGAGAUCCAAAUCCAGGCGGAGGAGGAGGCUCAUGAUGAUGACCGCGAUCAGCCUCCAGCACUCAAGUUGGUAUUCAACGACGACGGUGUCGCCAUUGGAGAUUUUCUCACGCAACUGGACGAGGAAGCCCGUCAAAUGGAGUAUUGUCCGAUGGCAUUUUACACAUCACCAGUGUCAUACUGGAACGUCAACAUGGCGUUCCAUUUUGGCGACUACACCUCAGACUUCCACAGCUACGAAAAAUGGUUCAAGAUCCUGACCGAUUUCCUGGCUCCAAGGGGGAGGCUGGAGCCGAAGGGAAGAGUGAAUUCAUUUUGCGGAUUCUUCUAUACCAUAGAAGAGUCUUGGGACGAUCAAACGCGUCCCAAGAGCGGCAGAACCACCAACCGUCGUCCAUGGGCGGCCAUAUACCGACCAGUUGAUCUACACAUAAGGCCGUGGAGGUACAUGGAACUGCUCAUAUGGGACGUCAAAGCACACGACAAAGCUUUUGCAAGUGCAUCGCUGCAUGUGACCGAUCUCAUAGAGGCCCAGCAAGUGCUUGUACGGAUGGUGCAGGCUCAAUGUAGGUCGCGGGUACUUCCACUAUCGCGAGUUUGGCUGGGCGGCAACUCUACUGGGCAGUCAGCUGGCCAGUACACGCAUCCGCUGGACAUGACGCUCGACUGGUUGCGCAAGCUUCGCGGCAACAUCAAAUACUGGGCGCCGUUGCCACUGCCCAAGUUGAGGGAGCAGGGUUGGAAGCAGGUACAGGCUUCAGAGACGCCGAAUGAAUCGCCUAGUCAGAAUUCGAUGCCGGCAGACGUCGAAAUGAAAGAUGCGGACCAGAUUGGCGAUGAAGGAGCCGUCAAACAGACGACAAUAUUUCUACCGCCACCUGCGCCGGGCAAACAUCCUGGAGCGCACGGCUCAGGAAAUAGAUUGUAUGCAUGGGCUGAGGCGAAGCUGAAGGCCGGGGAACGUGGCCGGUGCGAGUACACCUUCACGCCAACAAUGCAAUGGUAUCGCGAGCAGCUCCAGGAAGGUCGCGGGUUCCGUCACAUUCAAGUCUCCAGUUGGGAGCCUGUGUUCGAGCGCUACGCAAUCGAUGAUCCUAAGAAGGUCUGAAGGGCUGCUCUCAGCCACCUCGAGAUGGACACGGACGAGCUUUAGGGUGGAAUAGCAGCGUGUCAGUGCGAACUUUAAGGCCCACGGGCGCUUGGUCGGUCAAGUUGAACAGCAUCUAUGUACAGAAAGGGCCCGGGUUGCGGACCAACGUUGAUGUUCGUGUCGUAUGCUUAGCGUACAGACCCCUUUCAGAAUUAUAGUGGUG